AUGGCGUGCAGAACGGCUGCGGGCACUUCAAAAAAUCGACAUCUGAGAACCUGUGAUGCCCUUCAAGUCCGUGUUGGGGGUACACGUGCGUGGCAGUCCGGGGGGGCCGGGGAAGGGCAGCAGGGAUUCUCAGAUGCCCUGGCUCUGCAUGGCCCUGAAACGAGCGGCUCUCAAGGCAAAGAUGUGGCCGAGAAGGAAGAGGCCACCAUCAUCACCUCCAUUAUCGCAUGCUGUUCCGCAUGCUGGCGUGUCACCAAGGAGUAUGCGAUCUACCCCGUGAAGCAAUCCAUCGUAGACACCUUCGACAGCAUCCAAGAAAGCUUGUUCCCGUACAAGCAGGGGGUGAAGGUUCCCUACAGCUACACGGAGGCCGAUGGUUCUCUCCUGUCUCUGUUCACUGAUGACUGGCGGGCGACUGGUCUGACUGAGGCUUGUGGCCUGUUGCCGAUUUCGAUGGACGACUGGCUCACGGACAGAGCCCAGGCGGUAUCCAGGCCGAGCGUGAACACACGGAAUGAGCAGAGCAGCGAGAGCGACGUGAGCGACGUGAAAGUCCUCGCACCCAAGCUCUUGCAGCGACCAAAGGCAGAGGAAGGCAUGGAGCGCAGCGACGAGAAGGCCACCACCCCGGCUCCGAAGACGCUGAAGCAGAAGGAGGAAGAGUAUGCCGCCGCAAGAGCGCGCAUCUUCGGAGACACCACAGAACGUGGUGGUCGUGGUCGCGGCAGAGGACGAGGCCAGCCACGACAGCCGCCACCCAACAAUGACAGGAGCCGCCUGCGUGGGACUGAUGCAGAUGAUCCGGAUUAUGAUCGCAAUCCUCAUCGGUACGCUCCUCGUUUGGCUCCAGCUGAGACGUCCGUUCAAAGCUCCAGGUAUGCGGUGACAACUUACGAAGCCGAGUUCCCCUCGCUCUAA